AUGGUCGUGGACAGGCAAAAGGUUGAAACCAGUUCAGAGUCCAGGAGGUACAGAGUGGCAGACAGGCUUGAGGUCAAGGUCGACCCCCCCACCCCUCACCCCCAAUCCUACUACCAGGUCGACCCCCCAACCCUCACCCCCAAUCCUACAACCAGGUCGACCCCCCACCCCUCACCCCCAAUCCUACUACCAGGUCGACCCCCCCCACCCCUCACCCCCAAUCCUACUACCAGGUCGACCCCCACCCCUCACCCCCAAUCCUACAACCAGAUCGACCCCCACCCCUCACCCCCAAUCCUACUACCAGGUCGACCCCCCACCCCUCACCCCAAUCCUACUACCAGGUCGACCCCCCACCCUCACCCCCAAUCCUACUACCAGGUCGACCCCCACCCCUCACCCCCAAUCCUACUACCAGGUCGACCCCCCCACCCCUCACCCUCAAUCCCACUACCAGGUCGACCCCCCACCCCUCACCCCCAAUCAUACUACCAGUUCGACCCCCCACCCUCACCCCCAAUCCUACUACCAGGUCGACCCCCCACCCCUCACCCCCAAUCCUACUACCAGGUCGACCCCCCACCCCUCACCCUCAAUCCUACUACCAGGUCAACCCCCACCCCUCACCCCCAAACCUACUACCAGGUCGACCCCCCACCCCUCACCCCCAAUCCUACUACCAGGUCGACCCCCACCCUCACCCCCAAUCCUACUACCAGGUCGACCCCUCACUCUCAAUCCUACUACCACCCGACCCCCACCCUCACCCCCAAUCCUACUACCAGGUCGACCCCCACCCUCACCCCCAAUCCUGCUACCAGGUCGACCCCCCACCCCUCACCACCAAUCCUACUACCAGGUCGACCCCCCGCCCCUCACCCCCAAUUCUACUACCAGGUCGACCCCCACCCCCACCCCUCACCCCCAAUCCUACUAAAAGGUCGACCCCCCACCCCUCACCCCCAAUCCUACUACCAGGUGGACCCCCACCCCUCACCCCAAUCCUACUACCAGGUCGACCCCCACCCCUCACCCCCAAACCUACUACCAGUUCGACCCCCCACCCCUCACCCCCAAUCUUACUACCAGGUCGACCCCCCCACCCCUCACCCCCAAUCCUACUACCAGGUCAACCCCCACCCCUCACCCCCAAUCCUACUACCAGGUCGACCCCCCACCCCUCACCUCCAAUCCUACUACCAGGUCGACCCCCCACCCCUCACCUCCAAACCUACUACCAGGUCGACCCCUCACCCCCAAUCCUACUACCAGGUCGACCCCCACCCCUCACCCCAAUCCUACUACCAGGUCGACCCCCACCCCUCACCCCCAAUCCUACUACCAGGUCGACCCCUCACCCCCAAUCCUACUACCAGGUCGACCCCCCACCCUCACCCCCAAUCCUACUACCAGGUCGACCCCCCACCCCUCACCCUCAAUCCCACUACCAGGUCGACCCCCACCCCUCACCACCAAUCCUACUACCAGGUCGACCCCCCACCCCUCACCCUCAAUCCCACUACCAGGUCGACCCCCCACCCCUCACCCCCAAUCCUACUACCAGGUCGACCCCCACCCCUCACCCCCAAUCAUACUACCAGUUCGACCCCCACCCUCACCCCCAAUCCUACUACCAGGUCGACCCCCACCCCUCACCCCCAAUCCUACUACCAGGUCGACCCCCCACCCCUCACCCUCAAUCCUACUACCAGUUCGACCCCCACCCCUCACCUCCAAACCUACUACCAGGUCGACCCCCACCCUCACCCCCAAUCCUACUACCAGGUUGACCCCCACCCAUCACCCCCAAUCCUACUACCAGGUCGACCCCCACCCCUCACCACAAUCCUACUACCAGUUCGACCCCCACCCCUCACCCCCAAUCCUACUACCAGGUCGACCCCCACCCCUCACCCCCAAUCCUACUACCAGGUCAACCCCCACCCCCCACCCCUCACCCCCAAUCCUACUAAAAGGUUGACCCCCACCCCCUCACCCCCAAUCCUGCUACCAGGUCGAGGCCCCCCACCCCCUCACCACCAAUCCUACUACCAGGUCGACCCCGCACCCCUCACCCCCAAUUCUACUACCAGGUCGACCCCCACCCCCACCCCCUCACCCCCAAUCCUACUAAAGGUCGACCCCACCCCUCACCCCCAAUCCUACUACCAGGUCGACCCCCACCCCCACCCCUCACCACAAUCCUACUACCAGGUCGAGCCCCCCACCCCUCACCCCCAAUCCUACUACCAGUUCGACCCCCACCCCUCACCCCCAAUCCUACUACCAGGUCGACCCCCACCCCUCACCCCCAAUCCUACUACCAGGUCAACCCCCACCCCUCACCCCCAAUCCUACUACCAUGUCGACCCCCCACCCCCCACCCCUCACCCCAAUCCUACUACCAGUUCGACCCCCACCCCUCACCCCCAAUCCUACAACCAGGUCGACCCCCCACCCCUCACCCCCAAUCCUACUACCAGGUCAACCCCCACCCCUCACCCCCAAUCCUACUACCAGGUCGACCCCCCACCCCUCACCCCCAAUAUUACUAUACCAUCUUAA